AUGCCGUCCAUCGGACCGUCACUACCACCUCACCUCGCGAAACGCAAGCGCGACGACGACGAUGACGACCGUUCCUCCUCUGCUUCCUCGUCUCCAGGACCGCACCAACAAGACGGCCCCCGUCCCACUUUGUCGCCUGACAGCACUGCUGCGGAAAAGCGACGACGCGUCGUCGGCCCUGCGCCGCCUCCGGCACCGCUAGAUGAGAUGCCCGCAUCCGCGCCGGGUGGUAGCAACAAUGAUGGCGGAUAUGGGGAGAGCGAUGAGGACAGUAGCAGCGAUGAUGAUGAUUUUGGGCCUGCAUUGCCAACGGCCGCAGAUGUUGCGAAGGUCAGUUCAGCAAAGAAUGACGACGACGGGUGGAGCGCUGUAAGGCCACAGCCUGAGCAGGAAGGGAAGAAGGCACAGAGAGACGAAUGGAUGAUGGUGCCGCCCAAGCAGGACGACCUUGCCGCGCGCAUGGACCCGACGAAAUUGCGCGCACGUGGGUUCCAGACGGGCAAAGGUGCGAGGGCACCGAAUCAUGGCGGUGGUGGAGACUUAGGUGCUUGGACGGAGACACCAGAGCAGAAGAGGAAAAGGCUGGAGAAUGAAGUUAUGGGCAAAGGCAACGCGAAUGGUUCUGGGAAUGAUAGGGAUGCGAGGAGAAAGACAGAUGAGGAGACGGCGAAGCGGCUGAAACGGCACGAGGAAAAGCGGAAGGGGGAGAGCCUGUAUGAGAAGCAUAGGGAGAAGGUUGGUGAGAAAGAGGAUGAUGACCCAAGGCCGUCUCAUACAUACUACGACAUCCAGGCUCUGCGCUAG